AUGUUUAAUCUCAAAGAUUUGACCAUUUAGACAGUCUUACCAAAUUUAGUAAAGAGAUGGGAUUUGGAAGGGUUUUAAGCAUUUCAUUUGUGUCCCAUACAGGAAGUAUCUCAUAGCCUAUAUGCGAUUAAGGAUCAUUUGAGUAUAAAAUACUUUCGAGAUUUCGAGGAACUACAUAAUUUUAUCUAAUCGUCUAAAAAGAUCUUUUUCAUCGAUGUAGUGUUGAAUCACACUGCGAAGGAGAGUCAAUGGUUGGAUGAUGAAGAAUGCGUGUACAACGAAAGAACUGUUCCGCAACUAACAUCGGCUCUUGAAUUGGAUUUCGCUUUAGAAUAGGUAUAGAAAUAUGAGGAUAUCGAAAAAGUGAUAAAGGCAUUUAGAAUUGAGGAGUACUUCUAGAUUGAUUUGCGAAAGAUAGAUUGGAUGGAGUUUCAAGUGGAGAAUGAGAAUGCAAAUAGUGAUGAUGAUGAUGAUGAUGAUGAUAAUAUAUUCAUGGAAUCCAAUCAGGAGAAAAAUAUAAAGUUGAUCGAAAUGUAUUUGUCAAAUUUUGGAGUGUCCAGAUAUGGAGUAUCCUUUAAUUUCAGGAGGUUUUAGCAGGAAUUAGGAACUCAUCAAUUGACUGUCAGUCAAAUUCUGAAGGCUUUAAAAUGUAUUAAUGAAAAAUAAUUCAAAAGGGCCAAGUAAUAUGAAGCAGAAUCUAUAGCUAAUAAUUAAGCGCAUUAUUAAAAGUAUGGGUGUGUUUAGAAGUACUUCUACAAAUUGAAGAGUUGGUAUGCUGCCUAUAAUGGUUAUGUGGAUAACAUUGAUCCCGAAGAAGACUUCGUAACCAGCCAAAACUUCCAUUAUCUCAGACACACUGUCAACAAAUGGAAUGUAAUUAAACUACGCUAUGGCAACAAACGAGACACUCCACUAUUGCUGAAUCGAAUGAAACAGUACAUCUGUCAGAUGGCUCGUUAUUUUCAUGGCAUUCGAUUGGACAAUUGUCAUGGCACUCCUCUGACAGUUAGCUAAUACUUACUGAAACAUGCUAGAAUGGAGAAUCCUAAAUUAUUGGUGUUUGCUGAAUUGUUUGGUUGCUCAUACAAAUAGUAAAUUAAGUAUAUGAGUAAAUUAGGAUUGAAUGGAUAAGUGGACGAAUUAUUUUAUUGUAGGAACGCAUCCGCCAUAGUUCAUAAAUUAUAAACUUGUGCUUUCAUCCCUCAAAUCUCAGGACCCUACAGAUUAAUUUAUGAUUAAACUCACGACAAUUAACCACCAAUUGUUUCAUCUCAAGGACCAGGCUAUCUCAUGUCCUUAGUAUCAGCCUUAUCCUUCAGUAGCUAAUUCAAAGGAACUACCAAAUUAGUCGAUGAGUUCUAUGAUAAGCACAUUAGUUGUGUCUAUGAAAAUCGUUAUUACCCUCAAAUCAAUUAAUAACUAUACGAUAUAGAAAAACGACCUAUCACUUUCAUGUGGAAACACACUCCUCCAAUUUCAAGUAGUUCAAAUCAAGGAGCAGCACUUCCAAAAGUAGUUAAAUUAAAAGGUUCAUUUGAUAAUUGGUAAUAAGAAUAUUUCCUUUAAAAUGAUCAAGAAAACCCUAAAUAUUUUACUUGUCAGAUAGAAUUAUCACCAGGUGUUUAUGAAUAUAAAUACAUUAUCGAUGAUGUAUGGACAGUAGAUGAAAAUCAAUAAACGAAUCAUAUGAAUAAUAUAAUUGAAAUUAAACCCAUCAAAGCUUACUCAUCAUUGACUUUCAUUCGGUAACUUACCUAAAAUUAAAUAUCACACACCUAUAUGGAGUCUAUUCAUGAGUAAGUCAUGAUUAUCACCAGAUGUCAAGAGGAUCAUUUAUAGAAUGAAACAAUUGUUAUUUGUUUGAGACCCAUCAUUCGUAAAAUUAAACUGUAUUCCAAGAUAUCAAGUAUAUUGUAUCAAUACUCAUUCCAAUACAGCGGAAAAGAAACUCAGAAUCUCGAUGACGAGAUCAAAGUCAAAGAGCAUUACAUAGAUGUCACCACUUCCUAUGCUAAAAUCAACGAUGAUAUUUUAUCCAUCAAUGCUCCCACCUCUUGUGUUAUCAUUUUGUAAUGUGAACCUAUUUUAGAAAUACAAAAACUAAACGAGUUCCUGUUGACUCCCUUUAAUUGUGAUGACGAUAUGAAUCUUCUAUAUCAACCUUUGAUAAAUCAUUAUGAAGUACCAGGAUGUGGUGUACUCUGCUAUUCAGGAUUGUAUGGAGUAUUGAGGUUUAUCAAUAAGAUUGAAACUCUCAAAGACCCAUUCAUACAACACAUUCGAGAAGGUGAUUGGCUUAUCGAUUAUUUAUGCGAUAAUCAUUCUUGUUUGGUACCAAUUCUAACAAUAAUCAAAUAACUGCCUUCAGUCUUUAAACCCCAUUACUUCAUUAAAUGCAUAAAGCAUAUUGUGCAGAGCAUUGAAGACAAAUAUACUCAACACAGAGAGAUUUUCUUUAAAUAAAUUGAUAUCUUAUCCUCUUAUUUUACCAACUACGAUUUCAUUAAAGGCAGAGAAACCUUUAUGAGUUUCAAGGGUAUUUUGAUUUUGACAAAUAAGGUUGUCGAAGCCAAAGCCUUGAUUUUUAAGUAUGGUAACCUAAUGCAACAUGGCCUCAUUCCUAAUUCAUUAAAACCACUCAGAUAUAACACCAGGGACACAUGCUUUUGGUGGAUCAAGGCCAUCCGUGAUUAUGUAACGUAUACUGAUGAUUUCUCGAUCAUUAGUUUAUUGCAAGAAUAAAUUCAAUGCAUUUUCCAAUCUCAUGCAACAGGCAUCAAAUUUAAGGAGAUAUAUGUAAAUGAUGACACUGACAAAGAAGGUCUGGUUGUGGAGCUUAAACUGGAUUCAGAAACUGGUUUCAUUAUGGGAGGCAACUACAAGAAUUGUUUGACUUGGAUGGACAAAAUGGGAUCAGGCACACUAAAUAAAGGAUAUCCUGCUGCAUCCAGAGAUGGUGCCCCUAUUGAGUGUACUGCAUUGUUAAAAGCAUGUCUCGAUUUCAUUGGGAAGAUGCAUCAAUAGAACAAAUUUACUUAUCCAGGAAUUAAAUUAAUGAAUAGGACGGUCACUUGGAGAGCAUGGUCGGAUUUUAUUUGCCAGCAUUUUGAAAAGAGCUAUUACAUUCCUGUUGAUCCCUCCUAUUACAGUGAAUAUUAGGUGAUUGAGAAACAUGUAAGGAGGAAAGGAAUCUAUAGAGACAUCUUUAGAUGUUCAAAACCUAGAUCUGAAUAUCAAUUAAGACCCAAUUCUUGUAUUGCUAUUGCUUUGGCUCCAGAAUUGUUUUAAAAAAAUCAUGUCAUACACCAUUUAGCAUUGAUUGAAUCCAAUUUGAUGAGUCUAAACUCACUUGGCUUAAGCACUCUGGAUCCUAUUGCAAGUGAAUACAGUGGAAAAUAUAUUCAAUUGACUGAUCGGUUCAAUGCCUAAGAUGGAUUCUCCAUUCACAAUGGAUCUGAAUUUGUAUUCUUGCUUGGAUAUUAUCUGAAGGCAUUGCUCAAAAUUCAUAAACAGGAUAUCAAGAAAGAAAUAUUUUAUGCCUAUCUUGCUCCCAUCAAACAACAUCUAAAGGAAUAUUAUUCUUUACCAGAUUUCACUGAUUAUAAUGGACAAUUAAGUGAGUUUGCUCAAAAAUCCUCUAUAUUAAGCAUUGCACUUUUAAAAGAGGCCAUUUUCGAUUUAGAGGAAUUUAGUUAAAAACUAUAAAAAUGA